AUGAAAAAAAAUAGCAUUUUAUCAGUGCCUAUCAAGUAUUAAAAUUAGAUAUAUUAAGUAGAAGUAAGAAUUAUAUAUUACAUAGAUAUUUGCGUUUGAUACCCCUUUGUAAAUAGCAUAUAGAUUCUGCACUUAGCAGAAUUUGGAAUUCAAUUUUAUAUCGCCACUUUCAAAAUAAAUAAUAUCCUUUGUGUCAAUGCUUUUGGAUUCUGCUAGUAUAGACAACACCACCAAGGCGCAAAUAAGACUGCACUUUGAUAAAUUCAUAAACAAUGCGAGUAUAAGGGAGAGUAUUAAAAUUGUGGACACCUCCAUUUAAAUUCGAAAUGAUUGCAUCCAAAUCACGAAGCAGUAAGAAUCCACACGGAAUAAGGAUGAGAACUUCAAUUUCUCAUUUGAUAAAGACAAUAAUGAAGACAACACAUCAAACCUCCAAGAUUAAUUCUAAUUUUCAUUUAAAAACAAAUUACAGGAAAUGUUGAACCCAGAGAAAAAUCAACCCUCCUCUAGAGGAAGCAGUCGUAUAGAUCAUUAUGUUAAGAAUAAUUCAGUCCAUCAGAUUGAGAAUCUCCAAAAAUAGGAGAAAUUGAAUCAGAAAAUAAUGAAUCGAUUGAAGAACAAAUCCCCUAGUAAAUCACCUAACAAACGAGUUGGCAUUCCUUAUUAAGACUAUAUGAAACGACCAAGUGUCCAAAUAGAUAACUCUAAGGAUAGUUUUCAUUCGAAUCAUGGUCUCAGAAACAGGCCGAGUCAAUUCAUUUCUGCCCAAUAGAGUCCCAUUUAUACUCCAGAAAAGCAAGAACAAAACACUCUUCAAACUUUACCGAAAGGUAGAAUAAGCAUGGAAAAAUCAAAGCAAUAUAAUUCGAGAAACAUAUCUCCUCAGGAAAUUAGUUUCUCUUAGUAAUAGAUAGAUUAGAGCAUACAAUCAGUAAAGAAUUAAAUUAACUUGUUUAGUCGAUGGUUAGCAAUGGAACACUAUGCAAUAGUCGGAUUGAGCAUCAAUCUAAGUAGGACAGGAUGAAGAGUUUCAAGGAUUUGAUGAAUAAAUUGUAAUGCAUUUCUACUCCUCAGAAGAGUCAGAGAAAUUAUGAAAUUUAUAUCAAACAACAAAACAAUACAUAAGCAAAAAUAGUAAACAACAUUUUUAGUGUAAAGUUAUUAGGAAUAAAAAAUAAAUGAAAUAUUUGCUGUGCUUGAUACUAACAAGGAUGGAUAUAUUGAUCAUGAAGUCAACUUACAAUAGUUAAAAUAACAAAUUAUAGAUUUGUUCGAGCCGGUUUGGUUUCAAGUUCUGUGGAAGAAGAUUAAGAUCAACAAGAGGCAAUUUCAAGACAUGAUGCAAAAAAGGUAAUGAUUUAAGUAAUUAAGAAUUAAGGAUCUUGAUUAAUAAGAUAUUGGAAAAUUUAUAUUUAAUGGAAUUAAAAAGUGA